GGUCGCUAUUCAUGUGGUUACUGACGUCACUCGUGGGACGCUGUCACCGAGUACACCGUUCGGCGAGGAAUGCUCAGUACACCUACAAACACAAUGAAAUUGGUCGCGUGGCUAGCGGGGCUGAUCGCCUGCACCGCGGCGCAAAAAUGCUGUCCACCAAAGCAGUUUGAAGCCUUUAUGGGAGAGGUCGGAGGCACUUGCACCCCGCAAGGCCAGUCCGGGCUCUUCUUCGUUACUGGGCAGGUACAUUAUGACUACAAAAAAGCAAUGGUGGCUGCCGAAGAAUACAUCUCCACCGAGAAACAGGUCAAAGUGCAGAUCAUACAAGACUACAAUAGUAACACCCAAUAUGUCGUCCAGGCGGGAAAAUGUACCAAGUCAGACCUACCCGGUAGUAUUGAAAACACGUGCGUACCAGAUUACGCCGUGUAUGGUGGCAGGCUCGUAUACGGAUUGAAUGCCGCCUUGGAGAUAGACAUGUACAGUUUUGAGGGCCAGCAACUGGGGACCAACUAUAGUGUUCAAGUCCUCGUCACCUCAAAGGAAUGUCUCUAUUUCGCCCAGAACACAUUCAUUGAUUCUCCUCAAGUGGAUAUCAUUAUGAAUAGUGGAUAUACAAAUACAACACUAGGAAUCAAGGACCCAUCAGUGUUUGACGUUCCAAAGAUAUGUGAUCACGGUGACGUCAUACCGUUUAAGGCAAUGCAUGACAUCAUACCGGAUCGCAUGAAAUGGCUGUUAAUAUUUGGUGCUCGUUGACUUUAACUUCUCGAGUCAUUUGCUGAAAUACUGGGUAAUAUAUAGUAUUCGGCCUUGAUCUUCAGAAAAAAAAAUGCAUAUACAGUCUCUUGGAUUCGAAUUGCAUUCAAUUUAUUUGAAAAGAUAAAUAUGAAUUAGAUGACGAACAUCACUACCGCUGUUUACCUGCAGAAGGAUCUGUAUACUAUGUCAUACUCAAAUUACCUGGAAAUGUAUUUUAAUAAAUUGUAACGUAUAAAGA